GCUGCAUCGCGGAGUACAAAGGGCCCUCGAGGCAUCAAAAGGCCGCACCACUGAUUCAGAUACCAUACCCUUGAUCCACCAUGUCGUCAAAUGAUGAUUCUGUCGCAGUAACGGCUAUCUAUCCAGACGUUAAACCCUCAGAUAUGCUCAGUGUCUGCCGCUCCGGUGGUUUCACAGCACUAUUCACUCCUAAUGCUGAGACGAAUCAUCGUAUCAAAACUCAAUUGGCCAAGAAUGCACCAGCAAAUCAGACAUCCGUGGAACCCAGUACAACGUUGGCCACUGAUACUGCCACAACCCAGUCAAGUACAUCAGCAGUCCCACCUCGCAAAUCCAAGAAAGCUAAGAAACGAAAUGCCGCAUCAGCGGCCAAUACCGCAUCGACGGCCAAUCCCCCUCAGGUGACUAUGGACAACCAGCUUAAAGAGAUGCUGGCCUCGAUGCAGAAGGAAAUGACAGAGAUGGUUCUCGGCAAGAACAAGAGGAUUCUCGGCAAGAAUAAGAGGAUUCUGAGCGAGAACGAGAGCAUGCGUGCUGAGAUUGAGAGGAUCAACAACGAGAACGAGAGCUUGCGCGACAACAACGAGCACAUCAACAAUGAUCUUGCCAGCGUUCGCAAGGAUCUAGACACUGCGAGAGUCAAACACACUCAGGACGUUGAAGCACUGAGAGAAGUCACUCUCUUACUAGUCCCCUUGGAUCUUCGCGUCCUACUCGACCUUGCAUGCCACAAGGUUCUGGAACACCUCGGCCAGGAGACCUGGGAAGGUCUCCGCUCUAAAAGCAGUGUCUAUGAACUUUCCGAUACAAUCUUCGACGGUCUUAAGCAGAAGGGAAAUAUAGCUGCUCAUAGUGCAAUGGAGGAGGAUAUUAGGCACGCAGUUCUAACCCAGCAGCUGGAAUCCCAAGAGCGAGCCUGCUUAGAGACUCUGUUUACAUAUGCGUACGAUGGAACACAACUGUAG